CUGAAUAGUCUCUCGGAUGGUUGCGCAUGUGUAUAUCAUGUUCUCCUCUGGCCCUCCCUUCGAGGCCUCUACUCCUCAAGUUGUUUGCUGAUCUUACGUCCGUAAGGAAAGUUAAACAGAAACAGCCACCAUGCCCAGAACGAAAGAUGGAAAGAUCACAAAACCAACGGGCGAGUCUCAAGUCCGGAGAAGGGGACGGCCGGCGAUCGACUGGACGCCAUCACGAAAGAGGAAACUUCUCCGGCUGUAUCUCUGUACUCCCGAGUCGGGCCUGUCGUUGAAGGAGAUCCUUGACCUUCUUGCCGAAGGGCCAUUCCAACCAAAACCUCGACAUACACAAUGUCUGCUUAACGAGCUUCUAUCAAAGUCCUACCGUCAGAGGAGGCCCAAAAGCCGAACGUCGAUGGAAAGGCGACUGGCCUAUCUGAGGUCCAUGAGGGAUGGUCGUCCGGUUUCGAAUCCACCAAAGGGAGACGAGACUGACUGUACCAUUCUUCUGGCCAAGAACCCGUCUAGAUGGCGGCAGCAGUCCCCUGGAACCCGCUGUCCGACGAAGCGUUUGGGGCGAGAGAUGACCCAGCUCAGCAUAUCGCACCAUUUGGGGUUGGAGAAGGCGAGUGCAAGCGACCUAAGCUCAAUACCACCAGGUUUCUUCACAGCAACAAGCUUCGACUCGCCAGAAGCCGACAUGUCUGCCCUUGAGGUACCAGCAUCGACAGGAAGGAUUUUCAAGCACAACUCCAAGACCAUCAAGGAGAGGCGAUGCAGUCGGGUGGAAAGUUUGAGGGUGAAGCUUCCGGGACGCACUUCGUCGUUCUUGGCCGACGUCGUUAGUCUCUUGAGCGGACUUUCCAUAUGCUCGAGUAGUAACGCCUCUUCUUGUGCCUCUCCCCAUUGGAACCAGCGUUCGUUCUUAUCUAGGUCGAACUCAUCCGCCACGCUAUAUGAAGGACGAGGGAAGAAGAAGUCUACGCUUCCAGAGGGCAAGGCCUUGUCUCCUGAAGACCCGAUAGACUAUAGCGACAAGUAUGCGCAAAACGCCGACAGCCGGGCAAACCAAGAGCUUCUCAAACACUGUUGCAGCAAAAAGGCAUGGUGCAUCCACAAGCGCAUCAGUGCGGUGUGUUUUGGCAACCGAUCGGCCGAUACCUUUGUCUGCGCCGCCGAGGAAGUGAACGACCAGGACGGGUUGGGAAACACCGCACUUCAUGUUGCCGCCCGAUGGAUAGCUCCUGGGCCUGUCCUCUUCCGGAUCUUGGCGAUGUCGACAACCGUAACCCUCAAUACGCCGAACCACCUUGAUGAACUCUUCCUACACGUGCUCAACCCUCGAUCACUUGACAUCAACGAACUCGCUCACUUCACGAGAUAUCUCGUUGGCCGCGAGUUCAAUUUCUGUCAACUGGACUCUUCCGGCAUGACAUUCAUCGAGCGCCUUAUGGCUCGUCUCGACUUCACUAUUGAGGCCCUCGAAACCAUCUUCUCCUACCUCCCCGAAGCCACUCGCCUCGUUCUCCUCAGGCACCCCUCCAGCCACAGCCUCAACCCUCAUCAUACCCCUCAACCGCCUCUAAUCCAAGCUAUCCGAGCUCGUCUAAACGUUAUCGAAGGCAACAGCCUCAUCCCCGACCCCUCCCAACUCGAAGCCGCCUCAGCCUACUGUGACUACUUCCUCACCCGCUACGGCACAGCCUACCGUACCGUCUGGAUCAGACCCCCUUCCCUCUUCGCCCACGUCCCCGUCAACCCUCAGGGCCGCAACAACCUCCACCAAAUCGUCGCCUCCCUCAACGUCGGGCGCAACCUGUGUCCGCCCACCACCGAAAACCUCUGCUAUUACACCCCUCCCUCCGCCACUCCCCCACCCCCGUCCUUCGGCGACACCAGCUUCCUCGACCUUGACGUCGACGUCAUCGAACCCAGCGCCACCAUGGCAGCCAACCAGCACCAAAGAUGCCCUACACUCACCACCACAGCUAUCACCACCAGCCUCUCCUUCCCCCAAGUCCUCGCCCUCGCCCUCGCGGGCGACGUCCCCGAAGACCCCAACAACCGCGACCUCCCACACUUCCGCACUCCCCUCAUGACCCUCCUCCGCGGUUUCGCCUGGGGCAACCAUUACCACCCCCACUAUCCGUCACAACCACCCGACAUGCUAAGGGAAUGCCUCCACCUCCUGCUCGCGCACGGCGCGCGGCCGGAGCUAGUCGACAUCGACGGCAACAACGCUUUGCACCACGCGGCCGAACUGGGAUUGCUGAGUGCCGUGGUGGUGCUGUGCACUCAUGAUCGGGACUUGCAGAGGACAAUGAAUCGUACGGGACAGACGCCGUUGGAUUUGGCAAUUCAGAGGAUGAGUGUAAAGGGAUAUAUGCCGAUGACGGAGGCGAUGAGGAGGGUGGAAAGGCAUGCGGAGGUGGUGCUGUACUUGGAGACGGGGGUUGUGAUGGGGGAUGAGUGAGUGUCAUGGAUUGAGUUAUAUGAUAAUAUCUCUGUUUUUUUUCUCGCCUUUUUGUUUUCCCUUAGACUGGCUUCGGUUCGCGUGUGUAAUGUGUUUUUUCUUUCUUUUUUUAACGUUGAC